ACUAUUUACAUAGUACAAUUUUGUCGCUCUCGUCUCACCAUGUGCAUCCGAUCACAGAGAAUUUAGAAUUUCCGCGGUUUUUCAGGUUGAUGACCAAUCUCAUCGUCAGUGCGUCUCGAUGAAGUAGUGAUUGGUGAUCCCUUUUGGUUUGCACUUGCGUAUUUCAUUGCGUCCCCGACAAUGGAACGGUUGUCAUCAUAAAUUUCCAGAAUUUUUAAUUGACUUUGAACGUUUACUGAUAGUCACUACUUUUAGUAUUUAGAAUUACUAAUUCGGUUGCUAAUCGCUCUUACCGCUCGCUGUGCGACAAUGGAAUCAAAUAACGGCAGCGCAUUGGUGUUUUUCCAUGAGGCUGAAGUGCAGCCAGCGAAGUUGUUUUCGUUCGUGGCGGCGGUUCCUCUGCAGAACCUGAAGUCGCUCCACGGUGGCUUGAUCUCGGAGAAGACCGUCUGUCUGGGAAAACAUCGGAACGUGGAAAGCCGAUGCAUCGUAUUGCACAUAACCAAAGGUAAAACUGUGGAGGAGCUGCGCGUCGCGGAGCUCUCAGCCGAGCGGGAGGAGAUGUAUGAAGAUAAGGGACGACGUUGGGCCGAUGAACUAAAGCAGCAGGUGGCUCACACGGCACCGAAACCAAGAACAGAAACACAAAAGAAAGCAGAACAGAGGAAAGUUACCCGGUCAAGUUUUCUGGCGCCGGCGUCGUCUCCCCGUCGCGGCAUCCACAGUCCGUAUCCCACGCGUUAUCGUGACCGACUGACGGCGCCGAUGGAUGAAGAUGCGGAGGAAUGUUUUUCCGGAGGAAGUUCGCCGAUGCCUCAUCCGUAUGAGCAGAGCAGCGCCUCACUGCCGAACUACACACUGAUGCCCCUGAAGAGUUCCGUGGAGGAAAGAUCUCCUCCUCUGCGGUCUGCUUUACGACAGCGGGGACGCUCUGUGGCUUCGAUGGGACCGGCUCAUGGCUCCCGUGCUGAGCGUCUUUCUAUUGUACGGGGAUCGCAGCGUCGUCGGGCUGAAUCGGAGACGGAUGUGAGCCGGUUGGUGAAAAAACGCGCAAGCCACCAGUUCCCGAAAUUCUGCGGUAACUUGUUCAAACCAGAAUCGCCGGCCCCGAAAAUCGAUGCGCUGAAAUCUGUGAUGGGGGUACCGGUUGGCGCACUGCAGGUGGCUAUUGGAAACCAACCUAACGUAUCUGCAGCUUUCACAUUGGCGUUGCAUACACUUUUUUCGAAAGAGGAAUUAGCUAACUCAUCUGCAACUCCGGGUGGCGCGAGAAGCACGCAUCGUCCAUUGAUAGAUCAGGAGCGAUUGGCGGUAGCUGUCGGCCUUGUCCGCGAUUAUUGUGCUAACAGGCGUUGCCCGGUACCGAAUGAUAAGUCUCUCUCCCGAGUCUUUGGCAACGCGAAGAAAGUGUCUUACCAGCCGUUUGUUCCAUCGGCGGGAUCGAUCGCAGACGUUGACGAAGAAGAACGCCUUACUGAUGAGGAGAGCGAUGUGGAGUGAUACCUACUCGUAGAUUACGCAUCCGACGAGUUGUAGGUUGAGAGAUGCGGUUUUUGCUGUUUUAUACUUUGACCUGUACAGAAAUAGUGAGUUACAGUUUAUGUUAUGAUUUUAAUUUUCGGAUUUCUUAUCUUCGCAAGCAACGGCUUGAACUAUUAGUUAGCUCUUCAGGCAGUAUGAGUAUGAGUAUACCAGAAAUAUUGAUUUCGUUUUAUGGCAAAUGUAGAAAUUUUGCUGUUUUAGGAUCUUGUUAACAGGCGACGCUUAUAUAGAUUUUGUUUGAAAUAAUAAAUAAUGAGAUUAUGAGAA